AUGUGGUAUCCUUUUUCCAUGAUACCACGACUAGUUCACGACGACUCUGGACUACCCCCGCGGAGCAAUACCGGCUCUGCACUGCCUACACAUGUUCUACCGCAACGCGCCUACACUCACCCAUCAUCUCACGGCGGUUCCUACAACAACCAGUUGCUGCCACCGAGGCCUCAGCAGCCGAUAAGGCUAGUCAUUCUGCCUGAACCUGGUGUAAAACAGUGGUUUAUCUACAUCGUUGGGAUCGCUACGAUUGUUGGACUCGUGGUCGCAAUCAUCGCGGUGGUAGUCAGGUGA